AUGACGAAACUUUUCGACAAGAUCAUAAUAGGGUGGGACUGCAUGGUACCUCCAGAUGGACUUCCAGAUCUGUCGAAGCUGGUCACUCCAUUUGACACCAUCGAGGAGGCAGACAAGCACUUCCAGAAACCCGGGAACAUGAAUGUGGGCGAAGCGAUCGAGAAGAUAGCCCGGUUCCUCGGGAAGGAUCUCACACAGGAACAGGUGAAGGCCGUGAAGGAAGAAGCUUCGAUCGAACGAAUGAGGGAAAAGGCGCCCGUGACUGGAGAUAACUACAGGUGGAAAAACCUGCUUGGUGAAGAUUCGACUAAACCUUUCAUACGUGACGGUCAAGUUGGCGGCUGGCGGAAUGAGCUCACCGAGGAACAAAUAGAGAAGAUCGACAAGUACAUUCAGGAUUACUUCCAGGAAAUGGAAUUGUACGAUACGCAGAAAUGA